AUGUCGCAAGACACGGGUCUCUUUUCCGUGCGUCGACCCCGAGAGACUCUCGGUGUCAUGAGCUACAAUACUAGCAGUAUACCGCAGCCCGCAUCUGCUAUGAAGCGCUCGAACUCGAUGUCUGGACAAAACUACAAUGCGCCCUACACUGCCAGCCAUGUGCGCUCAAUGUCAAACUCGCGCGCCUCUCUGGCGCCAUCGCGACCAAACCAACCUCAAUUCCAGCGGUCAUCUUCAGGUUCAAAUCUGGCAGAACUCGGAAUAUCAUCCGUAAAGCGCACCUCGUUCCAGAACAGCGGAGGACGCAAGAGUUAUGCGCCGGCCGGUGUUAGUCGCGCUUCUGGGGAAGGUACUGAACGGAGGAGUAGUGUGUAUAGAUCAAGGACGUCUUCGAAUGGACCUGUAGCACACCAGAGCUUCUUUCAGCAAGUACCACAGCCAGCUGGUGUUCCAAAGGACCCCCGGCCCCUCAGAGAUCGAUCGUAUCAAACGCGAAUUCAGCAAGAGCUUUUGGAUUAUAUGCAGGGCAAUAACUUCGAUUUGGAGAUGAAACACUCAAUCACACAGAACUCGGUACGAUCACCAACGCAAAAGGACUUCAAUUAUAUGUUCCAGUGGCUAUAUCAUCGAAUUGACCCUAGCUAUCGAUUCCAGAGAAGUAUCGAUCAAGAAGUACCGCCCAUCCUAGUUUCGCUGCGAUAUCCUUUCCAGAAGAGCAUCACCAAAAGCCAACUUGCAGCUGUUGGAUCAGCAAACUCGUGGCAUCUCUUUCUUGGACUUUUGCAUUGGAUGAUGCAACUUGCUCAGAUGUUAGAUGGAUAUGCUAGCAAUCGAUAUGACGAUGCAUGCGCCGAGUCCGGUGUCGAUGUAAGUAGCGAUAAGAUAACUUUUGACUUCUUGAGCUCUGCCUAUCGGGAAUGGCUGUCCAUGGACGAUGAUGCUGGAGAUGACGACCAGGAACGAGUACUCGCACCUCAUAUUGAAGCGAUGGCGAGACAAUUCGACAACGCAAACUCAAAAUAUCUUGACGAUUUGCAAAUGCUCGAAGGAGAACAUCAACGCCUUGAGAAAGAACUCGAAACUCUCGAAAAGUCUGGAUCAGACGUAGCCACUUUAGAUCGUAACUUUAAGAUCAUGGAAGAAGACAAAGUCAAAUUCGAAGAAUUUGACAGUCGGAUGAACCAGAAAUCCGAAAAGUACGAGGCACGGAUACAAUUUUUACAAGAUGAACUCGACAAGGUCAUGCAAGAGCUGCAAGAAGCAGAUGAAGAGCGGUCGAAUUUGCAAAAGGCUGUUGAUGACCAGGGAAUCAAUAUGGCCGACAUCGACAGAAUGACUUCGGAAAGAGAAAGGCUGCAGAAGGGAAUCGAGUCGACCUCUCAGAGAUUGGAAGAGGCGAAGCGGAAGGUCAGCGAGAAAGAAAUUGAAGCCAGCGGGAAGCUUGAGGAAUUGGAACGCAUGGUGGAUAAGUACAAUAGCCUUGGAUACCAAAUUGGGCUAAUUCCAUCGACUGCGCCGAACGCGAAGGGCAAAAACUAUGAAUUGCAAGUUAUAGUCAACGAAGGACCCAAAUUUUCGUCGUCACAGAUGGGUACUUCCAGCAGUGGUGGUAAUGCAGACAGUGACAGGCUGUUGGCUGAUCCAGUAACGGGAUACCAGCCUGCCCAUAUCCUAAACCUAGAUCUACGGGGACAGGUCAAAGCUAGUUUCCUUGGUUUGAGGAAGGAGAUCUCUGAGCGACGUACUGUUGCGAUGGAUGAGAUGAUGAAGCAUCAUGAUUUGCUUGAUGGUAUCAAGGAGGCCAUUGAAGACAAGCGGGGCGAGGUCGAGGCAUUGGAGCACAGAGUUAGAGCUGCAGAGGAAGAAUAUGAGAAGACCAAAGAAGUUACUACGACCCAGAAACUAGCCUCCGAUACUCAGAUCGAGAAGAUGGAGAAGGAGUUAGCUAAGAUGAGGGCCGGUCUCACAGAAUCUGUGCAGUUGAUGGAACAGCGUGAAAUGAACACGAACAUCGAAUACGAACAACUUUCUCUCAAGGCCAAUGCACUCCGGGAAGAAUUGCAUACAGAAAUCGAGAAGAUGCUUAAUGAUAUCAUUAAGUUCAAGGUUCACGUGCAGAAAAACCUCGAGGACUACGAAGGCUUUGUUUCGGAUGAGGUUGAGCUUGAGCUUGGAGGUGAUGAGGUGAGGGAGGACACUCAAGAUGUAGACAUGAGAUAG